AUGGGACCUUCUAAACUAAAAAUUGUUGAAAAAUUUCCAGUUUCUACUUUCAUUGAUGGUAAUCGAGGUAAAGAUAUUGAAAACUUAUGGAGAAGAUUUUAUCUGUUAUAUUGCACUAUGCAAUGUAAUAGUUUAUCAGAAGAAAAAAUUAAUCAAUUUACAAAAGAUGCACGUCAAUGGGUUCAAGAUUUUGCUAGGCCAACAAUAAAAACAUUUAAUG